AUGCAACGUGAAUCAGCAUUUAGCGAGAGCACUCAUAAGAAACUCAAAAUUUAUCAAUAUUGGCAAGGUCGUGGAAUUAAACUCAUUUGUAUAUCUGUGAUUAUAAUAAUAUUUAUAAUCAUUUUAUCGUUGGCAUUAGUGUUAGCGCUUCGUAAAUCAAACAAAGCUGAAACCACUGACACUACAAUCACAUCCACGAUGACAGUAACAGCAACAACAACCUCUGAGAGAUUUUCAUCGCGUAAUAUUGGUAAUAUGACACAAGUACGAUAUCGACAUGCAGCUUCGGUAUCAAACAACAAGAAAGUAUUAGUCGCUGCUGGAUAUACUGGACAAUUUUAUCUAGACAAUGCUGAAAUUUAUGAACCAUCAACGGGUAGUAUGGAAACUGUACGAGAAUUUUAUACAUUGUCUGCACUGCCCGAUGAUAGAAUAUUGGCUUGA